GCCAGUUCCGGUUAACAAGGUCGUUUCGGCAGCGGGUUGGAUUCGGGCGUGCGUGCGUGAGUGCGUGCGGCUAGAGGGUGGUGGGCGUUGGAGGAGAGUGGAUGCAAAUCAGCUCACCGUAACGCACGAGAGUAGAGUGAAUCGAAUGCGCUUUUUGUGUUGCACUUGAUUGCAUUAUUGUGCCGUUGCGGUGAAAGAUUGUUUGCCUUCUGAGUGAUGGAUGGCUAUUCUACGUGCAAACGAUAGCUGGAAGUAUAGUGCAGUGUGCUCGUACGAGACUGUUCCCAUUGAGGAAGAUCGAUAAAAUUUUGUGGCUUUGUGGAUGAUGCUUCUCUUUCGUCGGCUCUGAUUACGAAAGAUUGAUGAGGAUUAUUGGAACAACUUCUGACGAAUGAGCCUUGUAGAACCCACAUCAAUCGAAGAAUGUGUCAGUAGUUUUAAACUAUUCCAAUGAAGAUGCUCAAUAACGAUUCCCAAGGAAUGUUUCAUCACUCAAGCUAAGCUUGAGGCAAUUUCCGUGGACUGAGGCAAACUGUCAGUUGCAAACAUCGGCGAUUUAAAACUUCGAAAAGUACCGAAAACUCGUUGUGGUUUGUUUUGAUUGAUUAGGGUGCUGUGCAAUCUGUGUAAGAAGGUAGCAGUUUCGUUAAAACAAGUGAAUAUCAACUUAACAUCGCCUCUGGGAUAAUAUGCUGUACAUGGCAGUUCAUAGUCUACGAUGGAUGAUGAUCCUGAUAUUAUUGCUGUUUAUGAAAGGCACCGCACCAUCACUCUCGCGGUACUCCGGCGGAAAUUACUUGGAAGAGGACAAAUACUCGCCCGGUUUUCUGACGCUAGGACAAAAGUACAGCAUAGCCCUCGGCUCGACCGUUGUACUGCCAUGCAAAAUUAAUGAAACAGAACGAUCCGCUCAGUACAUACUGGCGUGGAAGCGGGGCAUCGCGGUCCUGACGGCGGGCAGCCUCAAAGUCACCGUAAACCCCCGGAUACGGCUAAUGCCAAUGGUGCAAGGUCAGCCCGGGUAUAAUUUGGAAAUCCGAGACGUGCACAUCGGCGACGCCGGGGACUACAUCUGCCAGAUCGGCACCAUGGAGGUGAAGGAGAUUGUCCACACGCUGGAGGUGCUCGUGCCGGCCAAGAUUGAUUACAUCGCACCGGUGCACCCGGUCGAGGUGCACAAGGGAGCUCGGGUUCGGCUGGAAUGCAGGGGCACCGGAAACCCCAUGCCGAGAAUCAUCUGGUCCAGACGGAAUAAAUUACUGCCGAGCGGAGAUGCCAACGUAACGGAAUUCGUAUUUGAGAUUCUUCAUGUUAAUCGUCACAGCAGUGGGCAUUACCUGUGCACGGCCGACAACCGAGUCGGACAGCCGGACGUCAGAGAGUUUACCGUCAAUGUGCUACACUCACCGGAAGUUGAAGUUGAGCAGCAUACAGUUCACGGUGGUGUAGGGUACGAGGCCCAACUAACAUGCACGGUCCACUCCGAACCAGCGGCCAAUGUGAUUUGGCUGAAAGAGGGCACCGAGUUGGACAGCAGCACUAAGCAUCAUUCGCAAUCGGUCAAUGGGAAUAAACACAGUCUCCUCAUUCGUAACGUUACCCGCUACGAUCUUGGAAACUACACCUGCCAAGCGUCCAACCAUCUGGGCACCGAUCGUGGAACUCUAAACCUGAGUGGUCUUCCAGCGAUUUGUCACUUCGAUUCGCCAAUUGCGAGUAACGAUCGGGACCAGUACAACAUCACCUGGACGGUGGAAAGUCAUUCACCGAUUGAGGAGUACCGGCUGUUCUAUCGGUUGCAAUCUCCCAACCGGCAUCCGUCGUUGGAUAAUCAUUUAUUCCCGCAUUCUGAAUUUGGUUUGUACGCUUCCGGAGGGUACAACUCGGGUGGAUAUUUCGGUGAUGAACCAUGGGAAAGCGUUUCCAUACCGGAGAUGGUGGACAACAUUCACGGCGGUGGAGGCUAUGGUAGAGGGAUGUUCUACAGCGGUCCGUACGGUUACCAGCCGGAAGUCGUUCAUCGUUCGAGUUUCCAGCUGAAGAAGCUGCGAUCGGGAAGCAAUUACGAAGCACGGGUUCAGGCUCGUAACGAGUACGGCUGGAAUCAGCUGUCGAGCGUGUUUCAUUUCUCUACGAAGGCGGAUGAUCCUCAAGUGGAACCAUCUGCACAACCGGCUGUAUACGGAAUCGGUUUGCUCGAAAAAAGUCGAAUGAUUUUCGGUAGUGGAGCAAGUAGAUCUUCGCCAUUCUGUAUACUUCUUCUGCUGGGUCUGUUGACGCAAGUCAGUGUCUUAAUUGUAAUCCAGCCAUUUCUACUGUAAAACAUUUCUCAGAUGUUUUAAUUAGUUAUUAUGUUAAGUAAGGUAAGUUCAUAAUGACUGAUAUAUUGGAGAACCAUAAUUUUACAUCAACUGAAUUUAUAAUAAGAAAAUACUAGAGGAAAGUAUGCUUCUAUAUUUAUUUCAAAAUAUUCAUCUUAACAGUUUUAUUUAAAGAGCGCAUGAGGUAAAAUAGUUUCUAAAAAAGUGAGGUUUAAUAAGUUUGAUAAACUUUUUUUAAUUCAUAAUAUAAGUAAGUGAUGUUUAUAAGCGUCCGUUUUUCGAUUAAGUGGAAAAAUCCGUUUGGAAACAACUCAGAUAAUUAGUUUUCCAGAUAAGGUCUGGGACCAUUUGGGCAGGAGCACCUAUAUUGGGCACUUGCUGCUAUAACUCAGUCAAUUUUGAACGGAUCGACUUGAUUUUUGAGACACGAUCAGAUACGCAAAGUAUCUCGCCAUGUGCAAAAAUUCAAGUCAAUCGGUUUAAAAUUGACUAAGUGCCCACAAUAGGUGCUCCUGCCCAAAUGGUCCCAGACUCUAUUUUGAUUUAUUGUAUUUCAAAAUAAGAUGACAAUUUUGGCCAAUGUUUUUGGUCGAACAUAGAUCGUUGAAUAAAAAUCAAAUAAAUAUAGUAUCCAGAAUUUAGAAAAACUUUUUUUACAAAGACAUUUGUGAAAUGAAACGAGCGAUCAAAUUACAAAAUGUCUUAUCUGGAGAAGAUCUGUAAAACAGUUACCUACUUAAUGUACAUAUCUCAAUAUUUAUGUCAGUAAGUAAUCAUCACGAAGAAAGAACAAAGUAUAGUGGAAACGCCGAAUAGUUAGUAAUACCUCUUACAGAAUUACUAAUGGGUCAAACGAUUAUUCUUUACAUUAUUCCAUUUACAAAUCCAAUUGCUGAUAAACUUAACAAAAAAUGUGAGAUUUAUACACAAAAUAAUUGGUAAUUCGAAGAGCUCAUAUGUCAAGAAAUAUAAUAAAAUAUUUUUGAGUCACAUUACC